AUGUCUUCGUCAUCAACAACAGGCAACAACAACGCUGUCGGCAGCGGACAACAAGCGCGAGGUUUGAAGACGUAUUUCAAAACUCCGGAAGAAAGGUAUAAGCUUAAGUACGAGAAAAGUCAUCCCGCCGGUCUCCUUCACUAUGCCCAUGACAAAAUGUACAGUGAGCUUAUAUCAUCCAACAUUGCUGAAGCUGAAGCUGAUAAGAUUCAGAGUGAAGGGGAGGUUGAGGGCGUGGAGGAGGAUGGUGGUGGUAGUGGUGAUUUGACGAUUUUGCCCCUGUUUGAGCAAUUUUUGUCAACUGCCAAGCCAUUGGCAAAACGUGUUGCAGCUCCUUUAUGUGAUAAUGGUGAAACAAAAGAUUUGCAUGUUGUGGGAAGGGCAAGAAUGGAACCGAUUUUACCUCCUUUCAUUGAAGUCGCAUUUACCUAUACUCAUGGAUUCUUCAGCAAUGUAGCAGAAAUCUUAGAGGAUGGAAUGAUUCAGCUAGUUGGAAAUCUUUUGACUCUUUUUCUGUUGAAGGAUGGAACCGAGGGAAGUACGAGUGGAACAACUUUAUUUUUCACUGUCUUUCUUGGCAACAUGACAUUGGGAACUUUUCUAAUGGCUUUCUUAAAGAAAAGGGACAAUGAAGAAACAGAAGAACAAAGAGAUUCCUCUCUUAGUUUCUAUUCUUUCCUAAUAUAUUUAUGGAAGCAUGUGCUAACUCCUUUAACCUUGGAUUCUGUUUGUAUCAUUCAUUGUAGGGCAGAGUUCACAAAGUUUUUUGUUCAGCCAUCUCUUGGUGAGUCCGGUGUAGGUGGUGCCAUGGGUGUAUAUGGAGUUUUUGAUGCGAUUUGUUCUCUAGCUGCUGGUCGGUUUACAUCAGGUCUCACAUCAAUCACUGUGAUUGUUUGUGGUGGAGCAUUUCGUCAGUGUGGUAUAUUGAUCUGGCUCCUAAAUUACAGCUGGAGGAAGAGGAAGGUUGUACUGAUGACAGUGAGAACCCAAAUUCAAUCAGAAGCCAUACAGUUUGGGCUUGCAAUGCAACAUUCAGGUGCUCUUUUGCUAGAGCCUGGUCGUACAAUGCUCACAUUGCAUAUUGGAGAGUCUCCCGCCGAAUCUUCUGUAAACGCUGGGCCAGCUGUUUAUAUAUCUCCAUCAGAUCCUAAUCCUAUAAUGGUUCAGUUGAUUGCUGAUAUAGGAAUAGUGGGUGCUCCAAAUGCAGGAAAAAGCAUGUUUUUAAGUGUUAUUAGUGUUGACAUUUAG